AUGGCGUUGGACCACAACAAGAACAGAUCUUCCGCGGCAGAUCAGCUGCACGCGCCUGGCAUUGAUUUCGAAGCAAUUGUCAAACUGAGUCCGGACGCCGUCAUCGUGUUGUCCCCGGACGGAAAACCAACCUUUGUUUCCCCGGCUGCCGAAAAGCUGUUUGGCUGGUCUUCGGCAAACCUCGCCGAUCACAUGAGCGAUCUGGUUUAUAUCGAUGAGGAAAACGCCGACGCGGAGGCUCUGCAUCUGAUCUUGUCCGGAAGCGCUGCUCGUCCGGUCACGCUGCCGAAAGCGGAUCUUCAACUGAGGUCAGCCUAUGGUUCACUGGUCUGGGCGGAGGUCACCGUGCACCUUCUGGAAGACGGACACGGCAAACCCUAUGCCUAUGUUGUCUAUUUCCGCAGCAUUGCAAGACUGCGCGAGUUGGAGAACCUGCUCGAGGCUGCUUCGCAGAGCGAUCCGCUUACCGGUCUGUACAAUCGUCGUGCCUUUGAAGACAACUUGAAACGGGAAUGGGCAAUCUCGCUGCGCGAAAAGUCGCACACCAGCCUGAUCAAGGUCACGCUCGACCGCUUUGAAUCCUUUGCCGAAAACCAUGGGCCCGGCGCGGUGGAAGAUUGCCUGUCCAGGGUAGCCGGAAUGCUGAAGGAAACAGCGCGCCGACCGGCAGACAUUACUGCGCGCACAGCCGAAGCGGAAUUCUCGCUUCUUCUGCCCAGAACCCACGAGAUGGGUGCGGAAACCAUCAGCGCGUACAUUCACAUAGCCAUCCAGGAUCUCGCCAUACCGAACCCUGCCAACACAGCGGGAAACGGUAUCGUCACCGCAUCCGUUGGCGCCGCAUGUGUCGUGGCAGAACAAACCGGCAUAUCGGAAAGUCCGGAAGUCAUUCUGUCCGCAGCCGAAGAUUGUGUUUUCCAGGCACGUCAGGAGGGCGGGAACAGGGUCAAAACCGUCAUGCGCACCCUGUCCCGCUAA